CGCUGCUUCCUGCAGCACCUGGAACUCGGUCUGGCAGCUGGAGUGGGCGCCACUCCAGGGCUGUUGCAGGGAGCCAACAGCCCUGGGAACAGCCCCCAACAGCGAGUGAGGGAGAGGCGCUCCAGCGUCCUGCCCUCCGUCUUCCGGUAUCUCAGCAGUUACCGACAUGCCAUUCGGACGCCGAAGCCGGAGAAAAAGGGGUCGGUCGGGCCUCACACCUUCCUCCCCCUCCUCCUCGCCCGCGUCUGGCGCUUGGCCGAGUCCUCGCCGGGACGCGCGCUGCGCUCCCACCGCCACCCUCCUCGUUCGCGUCACAAUCAUCAACCCUCCCCGAAGCGCGACAGCAGUCUCUCCGGGGGGCCUCCCUGCACCCCCUUUGACUUCCCGGCCGAGGACUCCCGCAGGAGGCAGCCGCAGCGGCCCGGAGCCGUCGGAAUGUUCAAGGCUGUCCACUCCCUGUUUAGCAGGAAAGACCAGUGUGCAGCUUGGUGCCAGAAGCGAGUGCCCAGAAGAGGAGAGCAGCAAGGAUGGAGUGACAGCCGGGGGCCAGAGACGACACUUGAGAGAGCUGAGCGGAGACCCUACAGGGAAUAUCGGCCCUAUGAGACUGAGAGGCAGGCGGACUACACAGCGGAGCGGUCCCCAGACGAGAAGCCAGUUGACAGGUAUGAUCGAGACAGACCGCCAAGAGGACGUGGUGGUCCACGAGGGGGCAUGCGUGGCAGAGGAAGAGGCGGCCCUGGAAGCAGAGCUUUCGAUGCCUUUGACCAGAGAGGGAAGCGAGAAUUGGAAAGAUACGGUGGGAAUGACAAAAUAGCAAUCAGAGCUGAAGACAACAUGGGUGGAUGUGGAGUUCGCACCUGGGGACCAGGGAAAGAUGCCAGUGACGUGGAGGCGACAGCACCUACAGAAGAGUCUGCAGUGUUGGAGGAGACCCCGGGUGCCCCGGAAGAGGAAUCUCCUGCCAAAGUUCCCGAGUUGGAAGUGGAAGAAGAAACUCAAGUUCAGGAGAUGACUUUAGAUGAGUGGAAAAAUCUUCAAGAGCAAACCAGACCGAAGCCCGAGUUUAACAUCCGGAAGCCAGAGUCCGCUGUUCCUUCCAAAGCUGUGGUGAUUCACAAGUCCAAGUACAGAGACGAUCUGGUGAAGGACGAGCAAGAGGAGGAUUCCCCUGUUUUCCGGAAGGCCGCCAAUGACAUCACGGCCCAGCUGGAGAUCAACUUCGGAAGCCUCCCGCGUCCCGGGCGCGGAGCCCGAGGCGGCCCCCGCGGAGGCCGGGCACGGCUCAGGAGGACCGAAAACGACGGGCCCCGAGCGGAAGCGGCGAUACAGGACGUGGCUCCCAACCCAGAUGACCCCGAAGACUUUCCCGCUCUGGCCUGAAGAGCCCUACUCCCUGGCGACUUCGAGUGGCUGGGGCGAGCCUAUGAAGAGACUUUUCUUGCUGUGGGAAGAGUCGGACUCUAAGAACAAUAGGUGUUGCUUUUCCCGUGUCGUGUGAAUUUGUUGCACGUUUUGGUCUGAGGGGUGUGGGUAGAGGGGCUUCCAGAGUGGGCACUGCCCGUCCCUAACGAGCCAGUCCAGCACUUUCUCCAGAAGGUGAAGAGAGGCGACUGUUUUUUAUGUAAGGAAUUCCAGUUGAAGUUCAGGAAUCAUGUUCAGAAUAUGUCCACAGAGACUGUCCUGGACCCUCUGCAAAAUCAUGGAGCGUCACGGAAGUUGCCCAGCAGACUCCUUGCGGCGACACAGGAAGGCGUGUGGAUGCCCGCAGGUGUGUCCUCCCGUGGGAAGGGAGGUCAGAACCUGAACUGUCGUCUGAAGCAGCACCGCCUCGUUUCCAGAGACCAAGCAACUGAGAUGCUGUUGUAGUCACUGUUCACUUGCAAAUGUUAUCCAUGCUCCUGAGAUACUGAGUUCUGGCUUUCAUUUAACCAGUCACUUAAAACAGCGA